AUGUGCUCUUUAUUCCUUCUUUGCGUCCUGGUUCCAAUCAAGUUCAACUCUCGAGAUGGGUACGCGUUGGACCUGCCGCCACUCUUUAGAACCUCUUCGUCGACCGUCACAGAACACCACAAUGGAAGGCACACACUUGAGCGUCCAUCAAGAGAAAAGACACUGCAGUACCCUGGGCUGGCGGCGGCGCUGAAGAAGGUUGCCAUCAACAAUGAGGUACUGGUGGUGAUGUCCGACCGUCGCUAUGCGCACAACGACACUAUUCUAGACCUCUGCAUUCAGAGCAUCAACCGAGUGGGCGUGAAGAACGCUCUGGUGCUCGCCUUGGACAACAAGACCAGGGACUUUGCGGAGGGCCGGGGCAUGGCCGCCUUCAUGAUGAAGCUGCAGGCACCAGAGAGCCAGCAGCCGGGUGGAGCCCGUACUAUGAUCGGGGCCCUCAAGUUCCGCAUCAUGGCUGCCUGCCUUGAUUUGGGGUACUCUGUGCUCUUCUCAGAUGCCGAUGUGUUGGUCCUGCAGAACCCGUUCUCCUUCCUUGUGCGAGACUCCGAUGUGGAAUGCAUGACCGACGGCUACGAUGUUAGGACGGCAUACGGCUUCCAGACCUCCCUGAGGCAUGAUGAAAUGGGGUACGGCAGCGACGCCGUCCUUCUCAACCUUGUGGUGCUGAACGCAGGCUUCAUCUACGUCAGAGCGACCGAGGCUUCCAGAGAUUUGAUGUCGCUGGUCGUCCGCCGGGUGGAGACAGAGAAUACCUGGGACCAGACCAUCCUCAGCGAAAGCGUGUUCCUACCUUCCACCCCGACGUACAAGUCCCCCGCAGUGACUUCCCGGAUAAUGGACUACGAGCUCUUCCUCAACUCGCUGACCUUGUUCCGGGAGCUGCGCCACACCGGCCAGCACUACACCGACUUCCUGCCGGCCGUGGUCCACGUCAAUGCGCACACCGACAAGGCAGAGAGGAUGGAGGCCAUCGUUGACCGGUACGUGAAGGGCAACUUCACCGCCCUCGACCACUUCCCCCUGGGAUCGGCGCGCUGA